UCCAUUGAAGGUUGUCAGUUCCAACGUGUCUCAGGGAAUCGAUCUUCUCCUCUGGCCUGGUCUUUACUUCGUCUUCAACGUUCUGCUUCAAGAUGAUUAUUUCCGCGGUUUUAAUUCCUUUAUUUGCAUCGGCGGUUUUCUGCUCAGAUGUGAUUGAGCUCGGAGACAGCAAUUUCAGUGAUGGCGUGAAAGACGAAGAGAUUAUGUUGGUAGAAUUUUUCGCUCCAUGGUGUGGACACUGCAAACGACUGGCUCCGGAAUACGAGACAGCAGCUACAACCCUCAAGAAAGAAGACCCACCGAUCCCUCUAGCAAAGGUGGACUGCACUGAAGCAGGUAAAGACACUUGCAGUAAACAUGGAGUCAGUGGCUAUCCAACACUGAAAAUUUUUCGCAAUGGAGCAUUUUCAAAGGAUUACGAUGGCCCUCGGGAUUCUAAGGGUAUCAUUGCACACAUGAAAAAGCAAGCUGGACCUUCAUCUAAAGAAAUAACAGACGUGGAGAAAAUGAACCAGUUUCUCGCAAAUGCAGAGGUACCUGUUAUUGUUGGAUUACUGUGGUAUUUAGAUUCAGAACAGUUGAAGGAUGUGGAAGACAUUGUUAUUGCCAAGAUGGACGCUACAGCUAAUGAUGUGCCUCCACCUUACCAAUUGAAGGAUGUGGAAGACAUUGUUAUUGCCAAGAUGGACGCUACAGCUAAUGAUGUGCCUCCACCUUACCAAGUACAAGGUUUUCCAACACUUUACUUCUCACCAAAGAAAAGUAAGGAUACGCCAAAGAAAUAUAACGGCGGAAGGGAUGUGGAUUCUUUCAUAGAAUACCUCAAGCGUGAAGCAACGAACACAUUUGAAGUUCCCGCCGAGGAGAAGAAGAAGAAGAAAAAGAAGACCAAGAAAGACAAAGAUGAAUUAUAAAGUACCAUAACAAUGUUUUUGUAAAACUAGAUUUAACAAAUUUAGGUCUAAACUGCUUUGUUAUUCGAAAUGGGCCUCUCUUUUUAAAUAACAGAGAUUUGUCACCAGAACAGACUUCGAACUAGGAGUUCCCACUGCUCCUUUCGGCUCACUCUAGUCUAGUUCUGGCUCUCUCACUCUCUCUGUCAAGCAACGUGACGCUCUCGGAGAGAGGAACGCGCGUGUAGCGUUGCGUGACAGAGUGCCAGAAUUGGACCACGCUCAACCCCAUAAAAUAAAGAUUUAAAGCUGUGGUAAAUUUGUUAUCGCCUAAAUUAAUACUGCCUAAAUGUGAGUUAUCACAGAGUUUUUCGCUUGGGGUUCAAGGUGCAAGAAGAGUUUUUGGGAAUAUUUUCGGUGGAAUAAUUAAAUCAACUCUUUUGAAGAA